CAACCAACAAGUCAUUUUCCAGCUCGUGACUGAGGACAUUUGAGUAAAUGCAUCAACCAGCGUCUUCUUUCGCGUAUUACACUAGCGUCUUCUUCAACCAGCAUCGUCCUUGAACACCAGAUUUCGCACUGAAUUUGUGUAAAUAUUGCUACGCUUUCUACUCUUCCGAAUUAGAGUAAGACUCGCUUAUUCUUCAGAGUUUGGAAAUUAGGGCUCUCGAAUCGCUUAUUCUGAAGUUGGAGUGUAGAUUGCAGCUCUCUUAUCUUCCAACAACUUCAGAUUCAUCCUACUUAAGAAGUUCCUGCCUCUCUCGAAGGAAUCGAAGCCUAAUUCUCCUACGCGGUUCACAACAGAGUUCUUCAUUCUACCCACCACAGGAAAGAAAUUCUGAAUACCAUGGUAAGGGUGAAGAAAAUCGCUACCAAGCAAGGUGCCGGAUCAUCUGCUUUGACGAUGCUAGUGCCGCCGAAGAAGUGUAAGCGGACGAAAAAUUCCAAAUCUGGUUCUGCUCCUUCAGCACGGAAGCCUCAUCGCUUUAAGCCCGGAACUGUUGCUCUCCGAGAGAUCCGGAAGGCCCAGAAAUCAUGCAAUUUUCUUAUUCCUAAAGCCCCAUUUGUCAGGCUUACUAAGGAGUUAAGCAUCUUUUAUUCACCGGAUGUGAAACGCUGGCAAGCAGAUGCUCUUCAUGCACUUCAGGAGGCGGCUGAGUCGUAUUUGGUGGAACUCUUAGGACAUGCGCAGCUGUGUGCUAUUCACGCUAAGCGCGUCACACUUAGGAAGACUGACUUUCAACUUGCCAGGCGCUUGACAGGGAAAGGUCAACCUUGGUGAUAGAUUUUCUGUAUAGAUUUGUCUGGACAUGUUUUGGUUACCAGUUCCAGAUUGUUGAAUAUAGGUCUUGGUUUGAUUUUUCAAACAUUUAAACUUACAUCACAUAUACUUUCUUUGUAAUAUUUGUGCUGAAUAUGCUUUCAAUUUUGCAAUUGUUACAAGUUUUUGUUGCUAUAUUUUAUUUUUAUUUUUCCAUUCAUUUGAAAUUUAAUUUAAGUGCUCAUAUAGUUUGCCUUAAAAAUUUGUUGUUUUAAACAAUUAGUUUCUAGAUAAAAUCUCAUUAGGAAUUGUUA